AUGACCGACGCGGUCCCGAGCUGGGUGCGCGCGCUCUGCCGCCACGAUUUUUUCUCCGCUUGCGCCGGGCAGCACGACCGCGCGAGCUCGAGGCCUCCCGUGCACAACCUCUUCUGCGUCGACUGCGAGCUGCAGGUAUGCCCGGAAUGCGCUGACAGCGAGCACGAGGGCCAUCGCAUACUCAAGAUACGCCGAGCGUCCAUGCAAGACGCGGUCCUCCUGGAGGAGAUCCGCGAGUGCGAGGACUUCGACGUCAGCGAUAUUCAGCCUGCGAUCAUCAACAGCAGCGACAUCCUGUACCUCGGUCACCACCUCUCGUCGAUGCUCGCGCCCGUGGAGGAGAACGACUUCGAGGGCUGCAAGACACGGAAGAGCUUGUCGCCCGAGAAGUUCGCUUCCCCUGGAGCCCGCUUCCCUGAGGGGAGAUGGACGUUCUGCUCCAUCGCGUGCAAGAUCGCGGGGAUCACGAAGAAGGAGCCCAGGAUGCUCACGGCCGCGCGCGUCCGCAGCGUGGAGCGCGCCAAAAUCGCCGAUAAGCUCAUCCCGGCGCCGGUCGCCGCGGCGCCGCCGCCGGCGCUCGCGGCGCCGCCGCCGGCGCUCGCGGUGCCGCCGAAGGCGAAGUGGAAAGCCAGGGCAAAGGGUGAGGCGCCCGCGCCCGCGCCCGCGCCCGCGCCGAAGCCCGCCGCGAAGAAGCCGCCGGCGAAGGCGAAGGCGAAGGCGAAGAAGCCGCCGGCGAAGGCGAAGUCCCCCCCCGCGCCGCCCGUCGCGGUGACGAAGCGACGAAGCGCGAGGACGACGAAGGCGAGGGACGUCGUCACCACCGCCGCCGCCGCCGCCGCCGCGGACGCGCUCAUCACGCUCGCGCGCGAGACGGAGACGGAGACGACGUCGGAAGAAACCACCACGCCCGCGAAGCACAGGACGCCGGAGCCCCGGCGGGUGCUCCGCUCGAAAGACAAUGCCGCGAACGUCGAGCGCGGGACGUCGUCCUCGGACAAAGUCGCCGCCGCCGCCGUCGCGCCGCCGUGCUUCGAAGGAUCCUUCGCGUUCGCACCCGGGUCGCACCUCUCGAGCGAGCGCGACGAGGACGGGCGCCUUCUCCGCGGCGGCGGGGACAGCAUCUCCCUCGGGCUCGACCUCGCCGCCGCGGCGAGGAUGGGCGCAGCCGCGAACACGCCGCCGGCGCUGUCGAGAAUGACCAGAGAGGCGGACACCCCCGGGUUCGGGUACGUCCGGCACGAGCCCACGCGCGCGCCGGACUCCGCGGGGUCGUCUCUGCUGAUUCACAACUACGGGAUCGUCGCGUCGCCGGGGAUCAUCAGCGUCCCGAGGCCGAGGCCGAGGAAGAGCGGGAAGGGGAAGUCGACCGCGGCGGCGGCGGCGGCGGCGGCGGCGGCGCUUCGAAUCGUCACGCCGCCUAUGCCGUACCUGGACGACGGCUCCGGCCUUCCCUUCGGCGAGCUCACGGACGUCACGCCCACCGAGCCGCCGGCGACGCUCGCGAAGAAGGAGGGGAAGAAGCGUCAGAAGACGAUGAAGGUGUCCCCCAUGGGGUCGCCGCGCUAG